CACCUGCUGGGUAGCACGUGUAGCACUUGUGACAGAGAUCCGCAUCCCAGAGCGGGAGAGGAGUAAAAGACACCACACGGGGAAGUGCAAGUGCGAGAAUAAGAAGCCGUGAGACCGGUAGUCGCGCGAGGAGGCGGCCACUCUUUUACGAGGAUCUACAGCUAUAUUUGGCAAAACUGACUCGCGUGAUUUGCUCGCUCAAGUCGGCUCUUGGGGCCAAAAAGGAAAAGAGAGUUCGUUGGGAGGGGGAGGACAACAAAAGGCACAGCGUGUUGACCAAGCCCCGCAUGAUACCGGCAGCUAUACGUUGUCGUAGGGGAAGAGAAGCGUUGGUGGGAGCCACUGUGGGAUGGCGAAGAUGGGGGUCAAUCGGAAGUUACAGACGGAAAUCGACCGAACCUUGAAGAAGGUUGACGAGGGCGUUGCCCUCUUCGACGAGAUCUGGGACAAGGUGUACUCGGCUACACAGCAAAACCAGAAGGAGAAGUAUGAGGGAGACCUCAAGAAGGAGAUCAAGAAGCUCCAGCGGCACCGAGAUUCCAUCAAGGGCUGGCUGCAGAGCAACGACAUCAAAGACAAGACCAUCCUGCUGGAGGUGAGACGCCGGAUCGAGUCUAAGAUGGAGCAGUUCAAGGUUUGCGAGAAGGAGACCAAGACCAAGAAGUUCAGCAAGGAGGGCUUAGCGAGAGAGGCAGAGAUGGACCCAGAGGAAAAGGAGAAGAUGGAAAAACGCGAUUGGCUGACGGAAAAGAUACAGAUGCUCAACACGCAGCUGGAGGGCUUCGAAGCAGACGUGGAGAAGGCGAUGGCUGCAUUGGGCAAGAAGAAGAAGGCCAAAGAUGACGAGAGAAUUAACGCUCUCGACAACGCUAGGAAGCAACACAACUACCACAUCGGGCGGCUGGAGCAAAUGCUGAGACUUUUGGACAACAACGACCUAGCGCCUGACCAGGUGGACAGCAUCAUCGAGGACCUUGACUGGUACAUCAGCCAGGCGGGAGACGACAUCCACCUCAUCGAGAAGUUCGAAGCUGAGGACUCCUACGACCUCUACGAGGCCCUAGAGCUGGACGAGCUCGCCGCGCCGGGGGCACCGCCGGUGGUGAAGGGCAACAAAAAGCUUGACGUGUUCGCCGAGGGAGACGAAGAAGACGAGGACAGCGACGCAGAUGAGCCGGCAACACCGACGGUCAAACUCAGGGGAAAGAAGGGCAAGGCGGCGGCAGCAGCAGCGGCCGCGGCGGGCAUCCCGUUGAUUGGUCGGCCGGUCGUCAAGAACGCCAAGGAUGCCAAGACUUCGGCGCCGGCCGCGGGGGGGCGGCAACGUGCCACGACCACGACAUCGGGCAUGCCAAUCAUCGGACGCCCGGUCGUAUCAGCCGCGGUGCCCACAGCAAAGGUCGCUAAGGCCCCGGGUUUGGGAGACUCGCCACAGGCAACCAUCCAGCAGCAGCAACAACAACAAGCUGGGCCUUCGCCCGCGGGACAGCAGCAGUCGACGAUGGCCGUCGCAGCAAGGAUGGGCACACCGGGGCCUCAGACACCAGGACAGACGAUGCAGAGCGCGACCACAACUCCCAUCAAGAUGGGACGAAUGACAUCAGCAGGGGAUGCCAUGCACACUCCCCAGCGACAGCAGGGAGUACCGGUAGCGAGGACACCCCCAUCGGCGAGCGCGGCCCUCGACAACAACGCCGGCACCAACGUCCACACGCCGUCAAGGCAAGGACCGCCGCAACCACAGCACGCGUCACCAGCAGCGUUCCAGGGGGCAGCGGGAGCGGGGCAGUCUCCUUACCCGAACAACCACCAGCAGGCAGCGUUACCGCAACAGCAGCAGCAGCAGGUAGCUCAGGCUGGGGGCCAGCAGAAGCAACAACAACAGCAGCAGCAGCAGCAAGCUCAGAUGCAGCAGCAGCAACAACAACAGCAGGGGGGGCAGCCGUUUUCCUUUCCGGCUCAGCAGCAGCAACAGAUGCCGAUGCAGCCGCAGCAACAGCACGCGGCGGCGGCGGCGGCGCAGCAACAGCAAGCCCAGGCGCAGCAGCAGCGCGCGGGACAGCCUGGCUUGAAGGGGGACCCUGGAUUGCCGUUGGAUUCUCCCCAGAUGGGGGCUGCUAUUCCCGCAGACGACGACCCGUCAGGUGUUUCGAUGGGACUAGGCCUUGGGCAGCAUCACACGGCGUUGGGGACAGCACGCCAGAGCGCCGAGUCUGGCGGUCGCGUGGCGCUUGAGCAGAGCAUGAUGUUCAAGCCGCAGUCACGCGAUUCAGAGCGGGCGAAACCUUACGUCCCUCGGAACCCCUACCGCACUUCGACAGCCUUCCCGAGCCAACCCGCCGAAGCCUUCGAGAAGCCGCAUAUGUUCGAGAAGCUCAACACGGACACCCUGUUCCUCAUCUUCUACUAUCAGCAAGGGAGCUACCAACAAUACCUCGCCGCGCGGGAGUUGAAGCGGCAGUCGUGGCGUUACCACAAGAAGUAUAUGACGUGGUUCCAGCGCCACGAGGAGCCCAAGGUCACCACCGACGACUAUGAGCAGGGCACGUACGUCUACUUCGACUACGAGACAGGAUGGUGCCAGCGCAUCAAAUCCGACUUCCGAUUCGAUUAUAGCUUCCUAGAGGACGAGGCAUUGUAGAGGGAAGGAGGGGCACCGGGGUGAGGGUGUUUGGAUGUAGAGGACGCUGGGAGAAAAGAAGCCCCCAAAAACCGUGCGAAACCAUGGUUUUUGAUGGUUUUGACAACGCAAUCCUUUGUAGGCCGGGAGAGGGUUCGGCGGAUGGCACGGGGCGGAUUGAUCAUAUCUGACUCCCAGCCAGAUUGCGCUUGUCCUUGUCCUUGAUGUGGUCCUCGCCCAAGUGUCUACCAUGAGCGAAUGAGGUUGUUUAUCUGUGUGACCCCCCGAUUAAUUACUUGAUCUUCGCUUGGACACCGAAGUAAUCAGAAACUGAAAUACGCCUUUAAACUACUUAGGGCCCAUGUGUGCUCCGGUUGGGGCUGUAUGCAUACCAUGCCGCAGGUGAUGCGAUGACGAGCUUUGUGGCACUCUAGUCGGCGCGGUGCGGUCGGUCAAGAGUCAGAGUCAAGAGUCAAGAGUCUUGACAAGUACGAUGCGAAAGAGGAGGAGAUAGAACACACUGAUUCUUAUUGGUGGUGCUUCGCGCAGCUGCGGCAAUGACAACUUGCCAGGAUGUUUGGUGCAUGUCGUCCGUCGACGCGAAGGGGUACUUCGGGCACUUCAUCAAAAACAUAGGACGUCCUCGUGCUCUGUCCUUUCAGCUCUUCGAUGCACCAACCCUCACUGCAGUAGCCCUACGAAAGGCUGAUUACGAUUGGCUGUUCCCCCUAUUCUCGCCCCAUAUGUCCGCGUUUCCCUCGCGGAAUACGCCAACAACCAAUGAAACCUCUCCUCCGUCCUCCGACCCGAACAUGGUGCAUCCCUUGCGGCUCCGCGCUUGCUUUGGCAUCCACCAACCAGACAAGCCGGUCGCCCCGGUGGUCUAGUU